AUGAGUAGCCUUCAGCGCAGAAAAACUGGAGCAACAAAAAGACUGAGUGGAAAACUGAGGAAGCACAAUGAUGAUAGAGAAUCUGAGAGAAAAUGUGUGUCUGCCGUAGUACAGCUGUGCACUGUGGGAAUGGAGGAGGAUGGAGAGAGAGAAGAGAGAAAGAGAGCGAGAGAGGGAAGUGAGAAACAGAGAAUUAAAAGACAACUCGGCUUGUCCUCGGUGGAGGCUUUAUCUCUGCUGCACACUCAGCUGUUGUCUGUCCUACAACAACACAGAGAGAGCUGUAUAAAAGAUGGCCACUGGAAGGCAGCAUGGAGCAGAUGUUUUCUGCAUCACUCUGUGCGUUGGUCCAGUCUUCACUGGUCAGGGGUUUUACUGACAACCCUGUGUGCAACAAGUCUGAUCACCUGCCAUGUGUUUGAACCAAACAGUGACAGCACAGCUUUGAUUGGCGGAUGCACAGUGUUGCUUCUUCUUCUGACUGGGCUGAUUGCCAUGACAGUCCUCCAGUGGCUGAAGAGAGAGGAGAUGCCCCGCAGAGUGGAGACUUUACUGAACACUUUACAGGAGUUCUUGAAGCAUCCUUCCUCUGAUUGGCUAAGAGGCACAGAGGACUUGUUCACCCCACCCUGCCCAGCCGUUUCACGACAAUGGACCUAUCGUGACGGGAAACUGGUCAAUCUACCUGUCAGUCUCCUGGUGGAGGGUGAUAUCAUCUCUUUACGCAGUGAAGCGCCAACUGAACUAAGAGGAAUUCAGUUUACUAGAAAGAGGCCCAGCGCCUUUUGUGCUGGUGCUGCUUCUGGUGCUGAAUCUGUUGCGUAUUUUGUUUGGCGCUCCUGGUGUGGGACCGUGGCCUGUCACACUCCUGCAGCUACCUGUGAAUGGUGUUUUGCCUUUGUUGCCCCUGACUUUCCCCCUGCUUUGGGUUCCUGUGUGCAUGUACGGAGAGGCCCGUGUUCUUUUACAGAUGGGCUCACAGCCAGCGGACUGGAAAUGUGGAAGUUGGCCUGCAAGAAAUGUUACUCAGUGUUCUGGGGUCAAACAUCGACACUCUGCCACACUGCUAGUUUGCUACACAGUCUGGGAUCUGUAACUGUCCUGUGUUGUGUUGAUAAGCAGGGCAUUCUCUCAUGGCCCAGUCCAAACCCUGAGAAGAUUCUGUUCUUUAGCAGGUCCAUCUCAUCACAAGAGACAGAAAGACAGAGGCAAAAAGAGGCAAAGAGAGAAAGAGACAAAGAAAAAGUCGGCCUGAAGAUCCGCUCACUCUGCAGUCUGCAGAUGUUAAGUUUGUCGGUGGGUCAGGCUCAGUGCGAUGACACACGGGUGCAGUUUGAUGACACAUGCUGGCAGCGUCACGCCCCCUCUCUUCGGCCUCUGGGAUUGGCUGUGCAGUUGGUCCUCUGUGACCCUGGAGUCACCACCCGCAUACUCCGCCUCUCUGACCACCUGACCCAUGCCGCGCUGGUGCGCACUCGACCCCCGUGUCAGCCAGUCCACCCACCCUGGGGCCUCUGCCAUCUACCGAGGAUUCUGGGCUUCUCCACCUCCGCGAAGGAGCCUUUCGAGCAGAGAAUGAGUGUGGCAGCCUACACCCUGCCCUCCAUCUCCUGCCCUGGAGACCCGGGGAUCAUUGCUCCACCUUCUGUGUCAAUGAGACGGCUUCCUUUCUCACAUCUCAUAGCGCUGCUGGUGCACCACACUUACACCGGUGAUCUUCAGUUGUUCUCAUAUGGCUCGGCUGACGUAAUUUUGGGUGCAUGCACUGAAUUCUGGGAUGGAGAGGAUAUACAACCCCUCACAGACUCCGACAGGAAGAAAGUUGUGGAUUUUUAUCAGCGUUCCUGUAUGGCUGGUCAGUGUGUUGCUGUUUCCUUUAAGCCGCUGUUACAACCACAUGACCCACAAAUAGAUGACACCUGUGUGGAACUGCCUUUGAACCACAGUACUGACACUACAGAUGACGUCUCUAUCACACCCCUCAGGCAGCAGAUCUUUCUGGGUCUGGUGUCCUCACAGUACCAAGCCCGUCCUGAUGUGGUCAGACUUAUCUCAGGGCUGGACAGUGCUUGCAUUCGUUUUGUCUAUUUUUCCAGUGAAGAGGAAGUUCGGAGUAAGGUGUUUGCUGAGAAAAUGGGACUGGAGACGGGAUGGAACUGUCACAUCUCCCUCCAAUCAGAGAGCUUCCCUCUCGACCCAGAUAACGUGGAGGAGCCGGUGACCAAGGAAGAGGAGGAAAUUCUGCUGAGAGACAGUGUCAGAGAGAGGGCAGAGUCAAGAGCAAUGGAGCAUGAUGGAGCAUGUCUCAUCAAGGACCUAAACAGGGCCAAACUUCCAAAAGGAAUAGAGAAUGUGAGGCCACAUCUGGAGGACAUUGAUAAUGUUCCGUUGCUGGUCCCUUUAUUUACAGACUGCACAUCACAGACUGAAUGUGAGAUGGUGUGUAUCAUGCAGGAGUAUGGAGAGGUCGUGUGCUGCCUCGGGAGCAGUCAAAACAUCGACAACAAUGACAUUUUCUUACAAAGUGAUAUCAGCAUUGCUUUAGAUCCUCUGGUUCCCACACGUUGUUGGUCCAAUUCUGAUGCAGCUUUGAACACAUCAGACUCUUUAAGUGUAAUUCAGCUCUCUAGCGCCAUCUGUGGGUUGGCUUGCACAGUACAGUUUAACCAACAAGACAACAACACCGUCAUCAGGCUCAUCAAACAGGCACGUCACACCACGGCAGGCAUCAGAAAGUGUUUUCUGUUUUUGCUCCAGUGUCAGCUGUCCCUUGUCCUCAUUCAGAUUCUGGCAUGUGUGUGUCAACUUCCUCCUCCUCUGGGCACAAGUGAUGUCCUCUUUCUGUCCUGUUUCUAUUUUCCCUUACUGAGUGUGUCCCUUCUGGGAAAGCCAUCUGACAAUUCCAUCAUGAAAGUUCCUACUGGGAAAAAUCUCAGAUUCAUACCAAAAAAGACAUUGCGGUUGUUUGUGCUGUGUUUCCUGGUGAAGUUUGGUCUCACCGUGUGCACCUUUCUCACAUGCUUUGGCCUCAUGCUGCACAGCUUCUGUCUUGAUAUUAACCAUCAAGAUGAAGAUCUGUGUCACCCAACAUCACUGCUCAUGAAUUCAACAGUGUGGUCUCCUGACUGGUACGGCAGGCACUCAGAUGGUCUAAGUCUGGCGCAGAAAGUCAUCGCCUUUCUUGUGCUGCUCAAUGCCAUGUGUACAUCUAUCAGUCAUGUGCAUCGCUCAGCUCCCAUGUGGAAACAGAGCCCGCUGAGCAACCAUUGCUGGUGUGCUGUCAUCUGCAUUGUGCCAGUUCUUAAUGCUUCUUUGGCAAUGGUUUCCCGCUUCUUGUGGCAUGACCCUGACCACAUGUUCUGUAUCUCGGAUAUUCCCAUGGCAUCCUGGGUGUUAGGAAUCCUCUGGCUGAUCCCGCUGGUCUUUAUCAACGAGGGCAUCAAACUGCAUGAGAUCAGGAUGAGGGUGAGAUACCAGAAACGACAGAAGCUUCAAUUUGACACCAAACUCGGCAUGAACUCCCCUUUUUGAUACGUCUGUCAAAAACAAGUCACAAAAAUACAUACACACCCUUUCAUAUUGACACCAGAAUUAAAUAAAAUACAGAUUCGGUAUUAACAGUGUUGACCUUUAGGUGGCAGUACUGCAAUGAGAACAAAAUUAGCAACCUCUAAAAAACACACUCU